AUGAAGGGCCGCGCCGUCGACCAGCUCGUUUUCGAGUCCAUGUUCUCCAAGUCGAGAGCCGGCGACCCCCCCAACUUUCAUGCCUUUCUCCAGCGCACCCUCAUUCUCGAGGUUCGCUCCGAAGUCCAUGCCUUCUUCGGCCACCUCGACACCCAGGAGGCCAAGUAUCCUGGCCUCGACUACUGCAACCCCGUGCACCGCAUCCGACUGAGCAGGUGGCCCUGGCACCGUCGCCUCUUCCGCGCCUUUGACAGCCUGCGCCUCACGCCCAACGAGAUCGCCAACCUGACCAAAUGGGAGGGCACAAAAUGGGCCAAGGAGCGCUACGAGAAGGAGCAGGGCAUCACAAUCAGAGACACGGCCGCCGACGAGUUCUCCGAAUGGGUCGAGCCUGAAGACCGUCCUCUGGCUCCCGCCAGCCGCGGCCGCACUGCAGAGACGGAGGCAGCAUCCGAAGAUGAGGACAUGGAGGGCGAAGACACAGACGAGGAGAUGGAGAGCGUGGGCACGGCCCUCAACGAGCGACUCAGGGAGCGCGUCGCUCGCCGAGAGGCAGGCGAGCACGCCACCGUCCUCGACGAGGAGUGGGAGCAGUGGCUCAAAAACGCCAUCGAGUCUGGCGAGCUGCCCUUUGUCACGCCACAGACGAUGCAGUCCACCAACUCUACCAACACGCCCAUCAUGCCGACAACCCUCUUCCCGCCUCGCAUGCUGAGCGCAGCAAGGGCUGGCCAGUGGAGCGACAUUCCCGACUUUCUUCACGACAUGAUUCAACGGAGCAUCAGCGUUGAGACGACCGAUCGCGAGGAGCCCCUCAUGCCGCCUCUGACGCGCGCCCCUCGGCGUGGGCCGACCGACGAGCGUCGUCAUCCUGGUGCGCCCUGGCUGCGACCAUACUCCGGCCUGCGCUUGCCGGUUGGCGAUGGCGUAACCCAGUCCUCUCCCGAUCUCAACGCGCCGGUCGCGGCGGAUCCUCCGGGAGCAUAG